AUGUUCGGCAAAGUUGCGCAAGGUCUGGGCUGCCCAGCCCUGCUCCUUUGUCAAAGGUCCUCCCCUGACCUAAUUAUCUUCAUCCUUCCCUUCUCCUUCUGUUCGAGCACCGGGGCCGGCCUCCCGCGAUCCUUCCUAGUGUUCUCUUCGCCGUCGACAGUUACUGUUUUUUACUUUCAACCCGUACUACUUACUUUUAUUGGCGAGGAAGGCGACAGGGGAGAUGGCGAGGGCCGUGGGCGAUUCCGGUUUGGUGACGAUGACAACAAUAAAAACCGCGGUGGUCGCGAUGAUGACAACGACGGCACCCAACGAGGAAGUGGCGGUUUCUUCGGAGGCGGAAGAAAGAGUAACAAUGAGGAUGGUAACAGCAGGGGAGGCUUCGGCAACGGCAGCGGCAACGGCAGGGGGAGUAAAAGUCGAAACCGCUUUGGCAACGAGGUCGGGAGUGAUAGAGGCGAUGGCGAUGGGAAGGACAAUGGCAGGGGUAAUGGCAACGACAACCGAUCUCGUUUCGGCAAUGGUAGGGGGGGAGGACGCGGUUUUGGCUUUGGCAACCCGUUCGGCGAAGGCGGGGGAGGGAACAACAGAGAAGGAGGUUUGGGGAGGAAUAGGAACGGCGACGGUGGAAGGGACGGCGACACUGGCCUGACCACGAGUAGCGACCCCGAGACACCGACAUCAUCGUCAUCUGAGCCAACGGAGCCCCCGUCCGAGGAGUCCACGACAGCACCACAACCAAUCACAACCACAACCACGGAUCCCGUCCCGUCCUCUGAGGUCCCCUCCGCAGCAACAACGACGACGGCGGCGGCGGCGGCGGCGGAAGUACCAAUCGAAUCCAAUCCAGGCGUGGUCUUACUGCAGCCUGCUAUCACUGGGAUUCCGACACUCGAGGCGAACCCUACUGUCACACAAUUCAUCCCCUUGGUCUCGUCCAGUGACGCAGCAAGCUCAAGGGGUACUCCUGGGCUGGGAGAAUCCUCGGACUCGGACGUUGCGCCAUCCGACGGCCCAGGACCAAGCCCGUCGCCAGUUCCCACUUUCCCCUCGACUGGCGGACCCAUGGAUGGUAACGGCCAGACCAGCGGCAGCGGAGGGGAUGGCGGCGCUGGCAGUCGUCUCGAGGUUGCACAGGCCGGUAUGAAUCCCACAGCCGAGCGCAUCCUGAUCUCGGCCGGCUCGAUAGGUACUACGCGUCGUGGCGGCCACGAAAAGGGCGAUGGGGGUGGACUACCAAUGAGGGCUGCGUCAAAGAUGUCAUUCUUCCGCCGGCGUGGUUGGCAUAACCUCGACCAGUCAGAGAUCAGGCAGUCUGCGCCGCCGAGUCAACACGAGAAGGCAGGCAGUGCGAGUUACCCUUCGGUGGGAAGCCUGUACAGUCCUGAGAAGCCCCUAGCUCAGCAGCCGCCGCCGCGGCAGCAACAGUGGCCUCAGAGUGAGACCAAUGAGGGUGUCACCCCCCCCGGGCGGGACCCAACGUACCCCGGCAUCGUGUAUCAUCAGCCGCCGCCAAACACGGCACCCGGCCGUCCGCAGAUCACAUUGAUGACCAACAUACCGAGGGCCUACACACACCAGCCCCAAGGAUCCUUCAGCUCCACCGCCGCAGCCCAGUUCGGCGCAAUAGUUGGCCCUGCCGGCACAGCGAGUUCAAGCCCCAUCCACUCUGGGGCCUCGCCCGCCUCGUACUACAGCCAACCGCUCCUGAGCCAACAAUAUAACAAUGCUUUGUACAAGCCACCGUUCCCGCAACUGAGUCGGACCCUGAGCGAGGCCUCCUCGCUCUCCUCGGGCUUCGGGGACGGUGAUAUCAUCGUCACGGAUCCCCUCAUCACCGUUCCCGUACCGACUGCCCAACAACAACAACAACAACAACAGCAGCAACAACAACAACCACGGUACACGACCCGCUUCUCCUGGAUGACAACGACAACAGCACGGCAAUCAGCAGCAGCAGCAGCAGCAGCAGGCCAAUCCGCGGCGGCGCCCCUAGCACGCAACGACAGCAGCGCGAGCUCCGCCGCCGGCGGCCGGAGAGAGACCGUCUGCACGGAGACGAGCGAGGACCAGCCGGCGCGGUUCCGGAGCGUCGCGUCGUGGGUGGACCAGCAGAAGGGGCGCAUCAGGCGGGCGCAGCAGCGGGCGGACGGCGGCGGGCCCCAGGCCGCCGCCGUCGCCGUCGCGACGACCAUGAUCCCGGGGGACCCGGGCAUCCCGGGGGUGCACAACCCGCCGCGGGAGCAGAGCUUCGACCUCAUGAUGGACGACGGGCAGCCGCCCCGGCCCGUCGACGAGGUCGUUCGUUCCCGAGCUGGGGAUGGCGGCAGGAGAAAAGGGGGAUAA